UAAUUUCAUAGUAUAAAUUCGACUGCAGGAUAAUAUUACAUUAUUCAUACGUUUGUCCAUCAAGAUGUUCACUGCACUGUGUUUUGUUGUUUCUUUGUGUUGUGUUAGCUCUGUUCUAUGUGGAGAUGCACCAUUUCAAAAAGCCGUUGAGGAUGCAGUGAAAUCUUCUGACGUUAUACAUGUGGACGUAGUAAAGGCCAAUCUGCCUAAUUUCUCCUACCAAGCUAAUGAUAUGAAUUAUAUGGGACUUAAAGACUGCGCCAUUAGUAAUAUGAAAGUUGAAAAAGACAAAUCAAAGUUCCAGUUCGACUUGGUAUGUCCUAAGAUUAUUAUAACUGGACAUUACGAAGCGAAGGGAAGCUUGUUGGAUCAAAUGGUCAAUGGGAACGGCAAAAUGAAGAUUACUGUUGAUGGUUAUUUAUACACAGUGAUUUGUAAUUAUGAAGAAAAAAAUGAUGAAAAUAAUAAACCUUACAUACACAUCAAAGAUUUCGAAGUAAAGAAGGAAUCUAAAGGCUCCAUAGUCUUUGGGUUAGCAAAUUUGGCAGAUGGGGAUGCAGAAAAAUCUGAAGCUCUUUUCAAAUAUUUCAAUGCGAAUUGGAAAAAAAUGGAAGAGGUCGUUCGCAACCCAGCCCUUGACGCAGUUUUUGCAGUUUUCGUCGAAAACCUGAACAAGAACUUGAAAGCUAUGCCCGUUGAUUGAUACUUAAGAAAUUAAUGGUUUAUAAUAAGUAUAGUAUAUUAUUAAAUAAGCAUGAUUAUUUAUUUAUUAUUAUGAAAAUCUUGAUUGACAAUGAAAAACCAUAAAAGAUGAUUUGAUUAAACUGCUUUAAUUUUUC